UGUGCACUGAUGAAUAAUUUCUCUGCUCUAAAACAGUGACAUUUUCAAGAGAGCAAAACAAUAAAUACACAAAUUACCUGGAAAAUAAAUAGUCCUAAGACUUUUAAAGUGGACAGUGGUAUAGGGGUUAAGAGGGGUGCUCCUACAAUAUUGUACAGCACAGGAGGACCCCACCCCUCCCUCCAGAUGUCCACCCCAUUUAAAGCAAUCGUAACAGCUCUGCGAGGCCGGGGGGGGUGGGGUGGCACAACGAGCCGAGGGCCCGGCCGGGCCCCAACCGAAAUGGGGGAAGGAGACGGGGAGGGGUAAAACCGCAGCUGGGCCUGGGGGAAGCGAACGGGAGAUGAAAGGUCUCGGGGCAGGCAACGGAGAGCUCCGGGCAGCCGGGCCGGGCCGGGAUGGGAUGGGAUCACAGACCCAGCUCUGCACCUGCCCGCAGCCGAGCACGGCUCUUGGGGUCACUUUCCCCUCCGUACAAAGGCGAGCUCCUUGCUAGGGGCUCGAGCUGGUCAAUGGAACUAGCUUGGGUGUACGAGCUGCUCAGCCACUGGCAAGGGAGACGCCGGACUCUGUUUGAAAAGGUGCUAAUGAUCACUUAACGUAAUGACUCCUUCGCCAUAUGUACACUUAGCAAGCACGCGAAAUGUCUUGCCACUGUUCUGGCAGCCCCAGCUUACAAAUAUUGACCAGUUCCCCGACAGCUGCUCGAGUGAACGCAAGAGGUGAUGCUCGCUUGUGUCCCUAAAGUUAGCAGAUUCCUCCAUGAUAAUACCUCUAAUAUCCGCAAAAAUCGGCUUUCUCUAGGAGUUACCAACUACAUUCCAGUGGUCUAGAAAACUAUGUUACGAAAUCAUUUCACUUUGGCUAAAGCAGCACGAUUCUACUAGAACGUGAUUUCAAGGUUUUCCUUUGAUCUGGGAGAAAAAUAAAUGAAAAGAAGGCAUCCUUUCAUGUUUUAUUCGGGCAUGUCUGAAUUUCCCAACCGCUGUGUUUCACCCCCGGCAGCAAGGGCAGGACCAGCGCAGGGCCCCCGCACAGGAUGCGCCCCCCCGGGGGCUGGCAUCGGUCCCCAGGCAGUGGUCCUGCACAUAACCUGGGCUUCUCCUUCAUCAUUUCUAACACCCCCCUUCUUGUCUUUAAUCGCAUCACAGCCACCAUAACAGGAGGAAUGCUCCCCGGCAGGACAAAGCGCUGUCUGCAAGACAAACGGACCAGCCGAGCCGAUUAGCUGGGGAGGAGCAGCUUAAUGCUUGUGCGCUGAAAGCCGCCAGCUCUCGAGGAAGGGGCUGUAAAACCUGGAAACUGGGCUCCCUGGGGAGGAAAAAGGGGCGGGAGGGGAAAAUGGCCGGAGCACCGACUUCAAAGCCACCCUCCCCUGCAGCGUGUGCGCACAGGGGGCGAGCCGUGAUUGAAUUAGCACUGCGGUAAUGGCAGGGAGCUGUCUGCAGCCCGUGCUCGUUAACGCCUGCCCACUUUGUGGGGGGAGCACCCAACAGGGGACUGGGAACAGGGCCGGGGGGAUCCCCCUGCAGCUCCCAGACACGGUGGAGCCACUCCAGGCACCUGUUUGCAAACCAGAUGUCAAUUAACUUGAUAAAUCCCACUGAAACGGAUGGGGAAGAGAGAAAGAGAAGGAUCGUUUCGGUCUGAGUUUAUCACUUGUGCAGACUUUAUUUAUUUCCCUUGAUAGCUGUCCCUUAAAUUCCUAACCUCGACUUAAUGUUAUCUUGUAAUGGUAUUUAUUGGGAACCAACGCUGGUAGAGCUUUGGUAUUCAGGUACAGAUGCUGAACUCUUUUGGGGAGCUUUGGACCUGUGAAGCAGAGACUCACCUGUCUAACUGAUGUGUCUAGGAGGUGCUGUGGGGUUUAAACACCCCCUGGAAUAGCAAUGUUGGAUCAGUGGCACUUGCAGAAAGACCCAGGAUCCUGCCCCAUUCCACCCCUGGUGCCCACUGCUUUCAGCUGCACAUCCCAGUGGGAACCCCGAAGACCUCAGAGGAAACUGAGGUCCUGUCAGUGCUUUUGCCCAGGCAGCUGUUAUCUCUGCUCGAUUUCCACUUUGAUGUGGGUUCACACUUGCAAACGAGCCCGCCCGGGACCGGAGCGCCCAUAUAAGAGCGGGCCGAGCCCGGUGGCCCCCCAGCCCCUCUCCGCCAUGAGCCAGACCGAGCUUCCCUUGGCAGAGACCAAGCCCCAAGGGGUCAGACCUCACAUUUGCUGCGCGCCCCCUCCCCGCGCCCCCACCUCGUUGGGCAGCAGCCCCCUCCUGGCCAGAGCCGAGCCCCGACGGGGGGGACGGCGGCCGAGCCAGCCCGCGCCCAGCGAGCCCUGCGCGGCCGAGCGGGGCGCAGCUAGCCCCCGGGAGCCCAGCGAUCCCUGCCCGUCGGAGCCAGCCCCCGACGGCGGCUGGCUGAGCGCCGACGAGUCCUCGGGCUACGAGAGCGAGAGCGCGGGUACGGAGCGCAGCGGUGGGGCCGCGGUACCGGGCGCGACCCGCGGACGGCAGCGGCGGGCGAGGACGGCUUUCACCGCGGAGCAGGUCUGCCGACUGGAGAAGACCUUCCAGCGCCACAAGUACCUGGGGGCCUCGGAGCGGAGGAAGCUGGCGGCUGCCCUGCAGCUCUCGGAGAUCCAGAUCAAGACCUGGUUUCAGAACCGGAGGAUGAAACUGAAAAGGCAAAUCCAGGACCACCAGCACAGCCUUGUGUCUCCUACUCCACUCUACAACUACCCACCCGGAGCCCCACCAGCCCUCCUUCACGACGAGGGCUUUCCAUUGUCUUUCCACUAUCCCUUUGCUCCACAGCACCAGAGACUCCUGCCUUUUACCCCAGUGCCUGCUGUGCAGUUCAGCUUCUCCUUUCCCAGAUACGAUGCUUUGCAAAGCACCUACCGCUUUAUGGCAAAUGAGCUGUCAUACUACCAUCAGCACUGGCUUCCUUCUCAUCCUUCUUUCCAUCCAGUUAUUCAGAAUAAAAUGGACAAGAAAUGCCAUCUUGUAUAUGCAUUAUAGUGAAAACAAAAUGGGGCAAGCAAAGGGAAAAAUUGAUGUAUGCUGUAACGUAUUAUGUUCUGCUCAGAAUUUCUUGUCUAAUUUGGAAUCAUAUUUUUAUUAUUUUCUAAGUUAAAUGUGAAGAGUAAUAAUUUUAUAUUUGUACUGAAUUGUAUUAAAAUUUAUUGGAUGUGGUGCC